AUGGCUGCGCCACCCAGCAAGUCUACCCAGGCUCCCAAGCCUAUCACCCCCUCGUCGAAUGCGAGCAAUGCAUCCGCUAGGCUGGAGAAGUCCCACCCGGGGGUUCGUCGCUCCACUCCGGAUUCUGACGCCCUGGCAUCGUCUGACGAUGAUGGAGAUCAUUCGCAACUCGCGUCGUCCUCGAUGAACGUGCCUCCACCGAAGCCUGCGCGUCGUACCUCGUGGCUGAAUGAAAUCCCGGCCAACCCCCCUCGCAAGGCCUCGCUGCCGGCCACGGGACCGCUGUCGUCCGGUGCUUCGAACCCGACGAGCCCGGCGACCGAUCAGACCGGCUGGCCCACGAACACGGCCCCCGGCAUGGUCAGCUCGAUUGGCUGGAACCAUGUCGGAAGCGGCUCUUCGCCGUGGGAUCAUUCCUUCGCCGACCAUGACCAACCCCCCGCGGCGGGCAACUACUUCAACGAGGAGCUGCUGAGCCCGACCGCCCGCACGGCGUCGGGCGACUCGGCUAUUCCGUUCUCCAUCCCCCUCCACCCGACGCCCAAGACCUACCGUUCGCAGUCAUAUUCUGUCGGCCAGCUCGACCCGGAAUUCCUCAACUUGCCCCAGCCCCAGCACCCCAACGGUCGACCCCGGAACGGCCAGUUCUCCGCCCUGCAACAUCGCUCGUCUCGACCGAGUCUGCUAGGGGAACUCGGCCACGACCCCGCGACGCUGGGUCGCGUGCGCGAGGACGAGGACGACGGCGGAAGCCCCAGCGGAUCGGACCGAAGCUCCAACCACUAUACCAUGAGCCAGGCACGCACCAUCGAGCAGCUAUCCCGGGAGAACGCGCUCUUGCGACAGGCCGCCGGGCAGUUGGACAGCGGUGGCAUGUCGUCUGCUUCAGCGACGAGCGGCUAUGUCGCCGGCCCCAAUGCGGGCAUCCACAACAUCCAUCGCAUCCGUGGGAGCGUCCCCGAAGAGACCGACCUGGCGGUGGAGGAUUUAGACGAGUUGGGGGAUAUCCCUGGCUACAGCAAUAUCCACAGCAACACCCGGAGGCGCUUCUCGGAGCACUCUGCCAACCUGGAGAGGCAGCUCCCGGCAUUUGCACCCUCCGGAAACCGCGCUCUGGAGAAUAUGCGCAAGGCCCACUGGCAGACGUCCUUGGACUUCGGCGGCGUGACCGAUAUUCCCCAGAGUCGACGGCACUCGUUUGCCGACAUUCCGAUCCGCCACACUUCCGUCUCUGGCGAGUCCCAAGCGCCCCCGGGCCCGAGACCGGGGAUGGGGGACCGGGACGAUGGCUUUGCCGGCAUGGGGGAGAAUCCCCUGUCGAGCGCACAGGUCCAAAACCGUGAGUAUCAACGCUUCCAUGUGGCCCCUCGCCCCGAGGAGCAUGAAUUGGAGACGGAAUAUUUACGAGCUCGUCGGUUUGCAGAGUCUUAUUUUGCUCGCGACCACGCUCUUCGCGCGGCCGACGGACCCGCCGCCGUACCCACCUCCCUCCACCAGGCCUACGCCAUGCCCUACGGCCGGCACCAGCCGGGGCUGGGCCACCCGCACCAUAACCAACUCCUGUACAUCGUGACCUUCAAGUGCCACCGAGCAGACGUCUUCUACAUUCAGGAAGAUACGGGUCUCCAGGUGAAGCAGGGCGAUCUGGUCAUUGUCGAAGCCGACCGCGGGACGGACCUGGGGACCAUCCAACAUGCCAACAUUUCGAUGCAGAAGGCCCGCGAACUGAAGCAGCAGUACGCUGAAGAACAUUAUAAAUGGUUGAUGAUGUUUUCUCGGCAGGGCCAGAGUAACGGAAGUCCUGGUGCCGCCAACGCUCCGGGCGCCGGCGCCGGCGGUAGUGUCCCCGGCUUGAGCGGCAGGAGUGCCAUCGGCGGCAUGGGUCCCCAUGGUCCCCAUGCGGCGCAGGAUACCGUGGCCGAUAUCAAGCCGAAGCUGAUCAAGCGACUGGCGCAGAACCACGAGAUUCUGACGUUGCGCGACAAAGAGGGCAACGAAGCCAAGGCGAAGCGCAUCUGCCAGCAAAAGGUCGUGGAGCAUCGGCUCAACAUGGAGAUUCUCGAUGCGGAGUUCCAGAUGGACUGGAAGAAGCUUACUUUCUACUACUUUGCGGAUUCUUACAUCAAUUUCAACGCGCUUGUAACCGAUCUGUUCAAGAUCUACAAGACCAGAAUCUGGAUGUCGGCCAUCAAUCCGGCGUCCUUCGUUACCCCACCCACCGGGGGCCUGCAGCCGAACCCAUUAUAUACCCCGGAGGCGCAAGCGGAGCGUCCCCACCCCCAUGAGGGUCGCGGCUAUGGUCACGCCAGAGACGGUAUCGAUGCCGGACGAGAGGGCGGUGCCAACCAGAUGGGCAUGAUGCGGAACGCCUACGUGGAUUCGUAUCAGCCGUUUGGCCACAGCCCUCGGCAGCCGGAGCCGGGACUGGGCGGACUUGCGUCUGCAGACCCUUUCUCUCCGCCCGCAUACAACCCGAACGCCUACGGUGGUUUAGACUCGAGCUAUGGCGAUUAUGCCGGCCCCAACGGCCCCAGCCCUGGCCCUUCGCGUCUCCACCCCACGGCGGGGGACUGGACCAGUCGAUUCCAAGGAUUAUCCCUGGGGUCUUGA